UCUUGUAAAUUCAGUAUUUAAAAUCAACUUACCGGUUUAGUGAUAAUUUUAUUUUAUAUUUUAUACCAUGAAUUCUUCUGAGUCAUUCAAUAAGGAAUGUGGAGAUGAUCUCAAAAAUUUACCAAAGCUCUCACAUGGAAAGCACGUCAAAUAUUUUUUAAGAUUUUUGAAAAUAUUACCUGGGAGAUUGAGUUCACAUGAUACUACAAGACUCAUGAUUGCCUACUUUGCUCUGUCGGGAUUGGAUAUUUUAAACUCUCUAGAUACGCUUGAUGACGAGACAAAACAGAAUAUUAUUGAGUGGAUUUAUCAACUUCAAGUUACUUCAAAAGAUACUGAUUUACCUGUUGGAGGCUUUCAGGGCUCAACUACUGUGAAUACAUCAGGACAUAUAUCUGGUCAUUAUAGGUGCGGGCAUCUAGCAAUGACUUAUACUAGUUUAUGUUCUCUGUUAAUUCUGGGCGAUAAUUUGUCAAGAGUUGAUAAAAAAUCAGUGUUAGAAGGUGUUGGAGCUUUACAAACAGAAGAAGGUAGUUUUAAUGGUUCUCUCUAUGGAACUGAAUCUGAUAUGAGAUUUACGUUUUGUGCAGCAGCAAUAUGUUAUAUUUUAAAUGAUUGGAGCACAAUUGACCGGGAAAAGAUGGCCGAGUAUAUUAUUAAGAGCAUGGGAUUUGACAAUGGGAUAGCACAGGCUCCUAAUUUAGAAUCGCAUGGUGGAACUACAUAUUGUGGAAUAUCAGCUUUAGUUCUAAGUAACCAACUUUCUAAAUUGCCAAACGAAACAAUGGACAAAUUAAUUAGAUGGUUAAUUAAUAGACAGGCUGAUGGAUUUAAUGGAAGGCCUAAUAAAUCAACUGAUACUUGUUAUUCAUUUUGGGUUGGUGGAGCACUCAAAUUAUUGAAUGUCUUCCAUCUAACUGAUUACAUGGCAAAUCGUGAAUUUGUAAUGUCUACAGAAGAUACUAUUGUAGGAGGAUUCUCAAAGUGGCCGGACUGUAACACAGACCCGCUGCAUACAUAUUUUGGAUUAUGUGGAUUAAGUUUAAUAGAUGAGCCUGGACUAAAUUGUGUAGAACCGUCUCUAAAUAUAUCUUCAAGGGCCUAUAAAUAUUUAAAGGAAAUACAAAACAAUUGGAACAAUGAAAGUUUAUAAUGAAAAUUAUACUCACGUUUAUAAAUAAUAUUAUGUAAAUUUGUAAAAUAGUAAAUUAUGAGCAUAAGAAAUAUAUGACAGAGUGUAUAUUA